AUGACUUUUACAAUUAGACCCAUUGAAGAGAAAGACAAACAAGAAUGGUUAAACCUUUGGAGUGGACCCGGUGGAUACAUUGAGUUUUACAAGUCUUUAGAUAAGAUUACCCCGGAGAUCUCAGAAACAACUUUCUCUAGAUUUCUUGAUCCAACAGAGCCCGUUUACUCCAUUGUUGCUGUCGACGACUCCGAUGGUAAGGUUAUCGGAUUUGCUAAUUAUUUAACCCACAGAAAUACCUGGACAAUCGAAAAUGCCCUUUAUCUUAACGAUUUGUUUGUUUGCUCCGAAAAUAGAUUGCACGGUGUGGGAAGAAAAUUAAUUGAGUACGUGUACGAUGAAUGUGACAGAAUGAAUUGCAAGAAAUGUUAUUGGAGUACCCAGUUUGAAAACCAUAGAGCUCAAUUGUUGUACACCAAAGUUGGGGUCAAAAGUGGAUUCUUAUUAUACAGACGUCCAUAG